AAAUGUCAAAAUAAAACAGAUCCCGGAUCAAAUCCUAAUCUUUCAGCACGAACUUUAUCAGAACACUUGUUUUAAAGUGCAAACUAUAGGUCAUUGAGACUAUUUUAACCAGCAAAUUCAAUUUCAAACAAGGUUCAAAAAAGUGGAUAUUUUGAAAUUUACUUUUCUAAAUAUCAUUAUUAUUUAAGAUGUAUUUGUUAUUGUCCUCAAAACACUAACUAGCUGGCCAAGGGCCUAUUAAUUUAUUUUCAAUUGUCAUGAAUAAUAAUCGAUUUGAUUUGCAAUUCAGUAAUUUUUGCAACUUAUAGGAGGUCAUUUUUCAAUCUUUACACGUGUUGAUUUUGAGGGAAAAAAUUGUUCACGUUUUCUCAAUUGUGUCAGCCUCUUAGGGAUCAAUUUUUGUCCUAUAGACGGCCAUUGAACUACAUAACCAACUCUUUUUUUUCUAAUUAUUAGCUUUCUUCUAUCAUUUGAGGGGACUGUUUAUUCUCUUUCUUUGUCCAUCUAAAUCCGGAACUUAUUCUUUCCAGUGUUCAUUAUUUGCUGUCAAAUCCACCAGAGCACGCCUCCUUUCCUCGUUAUCCCUCAAAGAUCCAUAAAGUUCCCCAAAUUGUCAAAGAACAACAGCGGAAUCUAGAACUAUGUCGUCAUUUGUUCACGAGAAGUCGAUGUUCUGGUGGCUGCUAUUGUGGCAGGCGUUCGCUCUCACAGUGAUGUCUAUUGUCUUCUGGUACUUCAAGUCAAAACAGAGACUGCAGUUCUCAAAAAAGAACACGCCUUCAGUAUUCAUCACAGGUUGCGACAGUGGAUUUGGCAAACAACUGGCUCUGCAGCUGGCGUCUGAGUCACCCGAGUGCAAUGUGAUCGCAGGCUGUCUCACCACCCAGGGCUGUGCCCAACUAGACUCUCUCCUUCUACCCACUCUACAAACAGUACAGGUUGACGUCACUAGUGAAGAAAGUGUGCGCGAAGCGAAAAGACGGGUUGAGAAAAUGCUGGUGAAUGGGGAGGGGCUGUGGGGGUUGGUGAACAAUGCGGGCGUUGCCUCCAUUCCUGGUGCUACUGAUUGGAUGGACAAAAGAGACAUCGUCGGGUGCUUAAACGUUAAUAUCAUAGGGCUAAUGGACGUGACGAGACAGUUCCUGCCUCUGGUUAAGAAGGCGAAGGGGAGGAUAGUGAAUGUGAGCAGCAUCAACGGCAGAUUCGGAUUCGGAAACUCCAUCUACUGUGCAUCCAAGUUCGCCGUAGAAGGAUUCUCCGACUCAAUCAGACGUGAGUUAGCCUCUUGGGGAGUGCAGGUGGCUGUGAUUGAGCCAGGGUUCUUCCGCACCAGUCUGACCAACAAUGACGAUGACCGGAUAGUGGAGAGCUUCCUCAACAGGUUCAACCAGCUGGAAAGGGACAACAGAGCCCUCUACCUCGCUUAUGGAUCAAAGUUCGCAGAGAAAAAUGCCAAAUUGCUACGUGAACACUUGUCUGCUCAACGACUCAACACAAACCUGCGGUUGGUCACAAACAAAAUGCAGCACGCGCUCUUCUCGAAGCUGCCCCGCACCAGAUACGCAUGCGGACCCGAUGCCAAAUUUUUCUGGAUACCAAUGGCAAUGCUGCCAACUGCAAUCAGCGACUGGAUCAUCGGACUGGCUCUCAACAAAAGUUGUUGUCCGGAAGGCGAAUUGUGGGCAUUAUAAUUGCAUACGAUGGAAGUACAUGCCAUCAGCUUUUGCUAAAACUAUUUCGAAAAAACAUCGAAGCUUUAAUUUCAAAAACUCUCAAACCAGGCAAUUAAAUUGGUAGCUUUCUGCAAUAAAUUUGUUGCAACAGUAUUUCAUGUUCACCUGCUAGUAGUGGCAUUAAUUAUCAAAU